AUGCUGCUUUUUCUUGAAGGUGGCAAGGGAAGCGGUGUGGACUGUAAAUAUGUGAUGUCGGCAUGUCCGAGAAAAGGGAAGGAAUCACGAGUUAGAAAAGUUGCUUCAGGGCAGGGGGAACAAGUUCUUGAUUUAUCCCAGGCACGGGCAAGCAAGCAAGUGUUGCGCGAGAUCGCCUUACCCGUUUGCACCAUCACUGCCCAUCCUCCGCAAGACCAACUUGAAAGAGGAAAAGCCCAAGCAAGAGCGGGACAUGUGCGGACGAACGGUACGAAGGUACCUUCUCCUCUCGUCAUCGAUCACCUGCAAUAA